AACAAAGCGAUAUUGAGAAUUGGUUGUUGACAUGGUGAAGUUAAAAAAGCAGAGCAAACAAGCUCCAAAGAAGCCGCUAACUCGCAAGGAGCAGCGCAAGCUCAAGACGGAGGUGAAGAAAAAUAACAAAAGACUUUAUCAUGCGGGGAAAACAGAUGGUGGACAACGUGUUGCUGAAGCUGCGGCAGCAGCAUUGGCGGCAAGCAGCAAAGGUAAAAAGAAGAAGAAGACGAAACAGCAACAGAUAGAUCCGGAAGACAUACCUCGAGAGCAGCUGCUGGCCAGUGAAGUGGAUCCAGAUGAUGAUGAAUCUAUUGCUUCGGAUUUCAGUGAUGCUGAAGUGGAUGCACGCAUGCCAUCCCGCUGAAAGUUAGAAACCUACGAGCCGCUAGGCAAGAAACCCAAAAAGCAUGCGGGUAUACAACGUGCAGAUGAAAUGCAAGUGCGUAAACGUGAGUUGCGCCAACAGCAGGAGCUACUAAACAAAUCGCGCAAGCAACGUAAAAAGCAACUGAAGCUUGAUAAUGAAGAGGAAGAUUUGGAGAUUGCGAAGCUCGAAAAGAAAUUGCAUCUUAACAAAACUAAAGACAAAAAUCGCUUGGUGCGCAAGAUGUUUGACGAUGGGCUGGACUAUUUGCUAGACUUUGUGCUAGACGAUGAGGAGGAGAAGCAAAAAUGGGAGGAAAAGCAGCAACGCAAAAAGGAGCUUAAGGAACAGCAAGAAAAAGAGGAAGCUGGCAUGUGGAGCGAGGACGAAGAUGGAAAUGAAGCCAUGGAAGCCGACAGUGAAAUGGAUGAACCUGCUGAUGAAGAGCAAAGUGAAAGUGAGAUGGGAGAGGACAAUGAUGAGGACGACAACACGUCUAGUGAGACAGAAGAACAAACAAAAUAUAAGGAGGAUAUUUAUGGGCGUAAGCGCGAUGCGGAAGGCAACAUAGUGACAGAUGAACCGGAGGCCGUUGGUCAAAAGUACAUACCUCCACAUCAGCGUGCGUUGUUAGCUGCCAAGGACGGCCAGUCGGAGCAACUGACCCGCCUGCUCAAGCAAUGUAAGGGUUUACUGAAUCGUCUCUCCGAGGCCAAUCUGCACAAGAUUUCCAGCGGCAUUGAGGAGCUUUAUAUGAAGAAUUCACGCUACAAUAUGAACGACACGCUAAACAAGCUGCUCCAGGAGGCUCUGCUCGGCAGAACACGCGCCAACGAGCGGAUGGUACAGGAACAUAUGGUGCUCUUGGCUUACUUGCAUGCUCACAUUGGCAGCGAAAUUGGCGCACAUUUCCUGCAAACAUUUGUGGAGCAAUUCGAUGGCUUUAUUAAGCAGCUUGAUACAUUGCAGGUGGAGGAUAAACGUUUAAACAAUGUAGUGCUAUUGCUUUGCUAUAUGUACAUGUUUAAGAUUUACGAGCAGCGAUUGCUUCUGGAGCUGAUUGCCCGCCUGGCGGGCAGCCUAUGUGAAAAGUCCGUAGAGUGUCUGCUGCAGAUAUUCCAAUCUGUGGGCUUUCGACUGCGCAAAGAUGAUCCUUUGGCCUUUAAGAAUAUGAUGCAAAAUGUACAAACGCAGAUUGCAGCAGCACCGCUAGAGCUAAAAGAAAAUCCGCGACUGCGCUUCAUGGUGGACAUACUCAACGCUGUAAAAAACAAUAAUAUGAACAAGCUGCCGCAGUAUGAUCCAGAGUUGGCGGAAACACUGCGCAAGCGUCUUAAGGGCAUGCUGAGAAAUGAUCGCUAUGUAGUUACGCUUAACAUAACGCUGGAGGAUCUGCUGCGCGCUGAUAAAGUGGGCAAAUGGUGGAUUGUAGGCUCAGCGUGGACAGGCAACCUAGCUGAAAUGGGCACGGCACAGCAGGAGCAGGAGAAACAACGACAGCAGUCAACCACGCAACGCUACUCGGAAAAACUGCUGGAGCUGGCCAAGAAGCAGCACAUGAACACUGCCGAGCGACGCAACAUCUUCUGUAUUAUUAUGAGCGCUGCGGACUAUGUAGAUGCCUUUGAGAAAAUACUCCAUCUCGCGCUGAAGGAUCAACGCGCCGUAGCAUAUGUCAUCAUACAUUGUGCAAUCAACGAGCGUCGUGCCAAUCCUUACUACGCGCAUCUUGCCUUGAAGUUCUGCCAAUACAACCGAAAAUUCCAGCUCGCCUUUCAGUUUGCCAGCUGGGAUCGCAUCAAUGAUAUAGAAUCGCUAACCAAAGUUCAAAUACGCAACCUGGCAAGUUUUAUGCAGCAGCUUAUACUAGCCAGUGGCCUGCAGCUCUCCGUACUUAAGGUAGUAGACUUUAUGCAGCUGGAAAAGCUUAGCUUCUACUUUAUGCGCGAAAUCAUGACCCGUCUUCUGUUGUCCACCGAGGAGAGUCAGCUGUAUCAGGCCUUUGAACACAUUGCCAAAAAUUCUAAGCUGCAACAGUUUAAACAGAGCAUACGCUUGUUUAUGCAGCACUUUAUGCUUGAGAAGCUGGAGAAGAUUGAGGAGCAGCAGCAACUACUGCUGCGACAACGCAUUAACCAUCUAGACAAACUCUUAGCUUAUGUGGAUUUGUAAAAUAUAAAACUCUCU